AUGCUGAAUUCCUUCUCGGCCCUCCGAGUGCUGGUUGCCUCGAAAAGCGUCUAUUUGCUCAAUCUUGUGGGAGUGCUGUGCUUGGUUCUCAUGUACAAGCCCUAUUGUAGAGAGGAUCAAGGUUCCUUUGUUUCCAAAAUUUGCGUUCCUUGUCCUCCUAAUUCAAAAUGUAGCAUUCGUGCAGUAAUGGCAUGUUCUCCAGGCUACACUCUCAAAAACGAAGAAAUUUGUAUCAAGGAUGACAAGCCUCAUCAAUUAGCCUACCAACUUUCUUUAGCAAUGAAAGAACAUCUUGAAUAUCAAUCUUAUCUCUAUGAAUGUAUUGGAGAAAAGAAUGUGAGCGAUAAAGUCGGAGAGAAUGAUCUAUUUACUGUAGCAACUGCAUCAGCAUUGAAAGAAGUAAAGAAUUUGUCUGCUGAUGAACGUCUUUUCAAUCAAGCCUUUGAUUUGGCAUUGGAAUUGAUUUCUGAAAAUCCUAAAUUGUAUCAAAUUGCUAUUGAUGCAAAGAAGCAAUUAUAUUCAUACAAGUUUCAUUAUUGGGGAUCCUGUUUAUUCAAUACAUGGCAUGGAAAGAAGGCAAAAAGAGGUUCUGAGAAUGAUAUUCAAGAACAAACAUCAACUGUUUUGACUCGUGUAAAACGAAGCACUAAAAACACUGUGGAGACGCCAACAAAGAACAACACAAAUUCGCAACAGGAAAACAUUGGAGAAAAGGAGAAGGAAAUUGAAAAUUUGAAACAAUUAUUGAGAGCCAAGGAACAAGAAAUUGCUGCUUCAGCAGAAAAGACUAAAUUGGAAUUGGAAUUUUUAAGAAAGAAAGAAGAAGAUAUUCGACAAGAAUUGGAAAAGAAGGAAAAUGAAUUGUCUAAAUUCAAGGAUGAAAAUGAAAACAUUAAAAAGAAGGAACAAGCUCUUUCUGAAGAAGUACAAGCUAAAAAAGCAGCCAUUGAAAGAUUGGAGAGAGAUCUUGCGAUUGCUAGUCAAAAGAAAGAGGAUGACUUUUUCUAA